AUGGCCAGUAAGGAUGACGUCCCUCAGCCUGCCCGGUUGAUAUACCAGAAAGGGACCCACAGAGUAGAAUACGUCGAUGGGAAAAUAGUAAAGAGCGGGGAGAACUUUAAAAUCUACGAGGCCCUUUCGCUCAUUUUCAUCAAUGACAACACAAAGGUCCCGGUUCCAAAAGUCCGUAGCAUCCACUACGAAGACAAAAGGCUCGACGUCCGCUAUGAUGAGGCAGGCAAAUCAACCAACAUCCUCCUCGAAAACGGUAAAGUGUUCGAGCGAAACCUUGACAAAGAAGGACGACCAACUUGGACUCAUUGGGAAAACGAUCGAGUUGACAAGAUAACCAUGGACUAUAUGGGGGGCGAAGCACUUGACAGCGUCUGGGAGGACUUCAAUAAAGACCAACAAGACGUUCUCGCGGGGGACUUGCGGCUGUAUGUCGCCGAGCUUCGUAAGCUUAAGGAUACGCAGAUUGCGGCCCUGAAUGAUGGGCCAGCAAGGAUCAUCUCCGAUUGUCAACAGCUUCAAGAGGGUGGGCCAUUCCGUUCUAGGGAGGAGUUCAACAAUUUUCUGCGAGAAAACAGUAUGGAUAUGAGGAGGCAAGCAUCAUGGGACGAUUCGUCACAAGAAGACGAUUCCUCACAAGACGACGACGCACCACGGAGACACGAGGAGUUCUUUUUCACCCAUGGCGACAUUGUGCCACGCAAUAUCCCUGUCGAUGGUCAGGGGAAGAUCACUGCUCUUGUGGACUGGGAGUUUGCUGGGUAUUAUCCCAAGGACUGGGAGUACAGCAGGGCUAGUCGCGAUCCUACGCCGGGUUGGAAGGACUUUCUUUGUACUCAGGUUUUCCAAGACAAAGAAGAUUGGGGAUGUAGUGAGAUGAAGUCGCGGAAUGUCCGGUCAGCGGACCGGUCCUUCUACUAA